UGGAAUAUGCAUGCACAGGGUCCCUGCUGUUGGGCAGGCUGUAGGACUGCGGCCCUCCUGGGGCGAUGUUGGCUGGCGGGCCUGGGGAGUGCCAGCGCCUGGUGAGGGAGGUGGCGAUGUGCUGAGUCAGCGUGACUCGCCAGGAACAGCCGCGCUCUGGGGCAGCACUGGGGUUAUUUUUAAAGCUCCCUGCUUCCUUCUAGGCUUCCCCCUCCCGCAUCUUAGUCCUCCUAAUCUCUCCCCCAGCCCCUUUGUCUUGCUCUGCUUCCCUUUCAGCCUUCAGUUCCCCUUCCCCCAUCGGGCCUUCCUGACGUCCCACCUGGUUCCCUAGUGGCAGGGUGGGCAGGGAGAAGCUCAGCUUGGGAGAGGCAAGGCCAAGGGUUGUCCUCCGACCAGGAGUGCCUGCUCGCUGUGCCCCCGGGUUAUGACGACCCCCAAUAAAGGAAACAAGGCCUUGAAGGUGAAGCGGGAGCCGGGUGAGAAUGGCACCAGCCUGACGGAUGAGGAGCUGGUGACCAUGUCGGUGCGGGAGCUGAACCAGCACCUGCGGGGCCUGUCCAAGGAGGAGAUCAUCCAGCUGAAGCAGCGCAGGCGCACGCUCAAGAACCGUGGCUACGCCGCCAGCUGCCGUGUGAAGCGGGUGACCCAGAAGGAGGAGCUGGAGAAGCAGAAGGCGGAGCUGCAGCAGGAGGUGGAGAAGCUGGCCUCCGAGAACGCCAGCAUGAAGCUGGAGCUCGACGCCCUGCGCUCCAAGUACGAGGCCCUGCAGAACUUCGCCAGGACCGUGGCCCGUAGCCCUGUGGCACCGGCCCGGGGCCCCCUUGCCGCUGGCCUGGGGCCCCUCGUCCCUGGCAAGGUGGCCGCCACCAGUGUCAUCACAAUAGUAAAGUCCAAGACGGACGCCCGGUCGUAGGGAUGCGAGGCAUGUUUGCCCAGGCGGGUCUUCGAGGGGCCACUAGGCACAUGGUGAAUUCGGCAGCCCCGUCUCUCUUUCCUUUCCUUUCCUUUCCUUUCCUUUCCGUUCUCUUCUCUUCUCUUCUCUUCUCUUCUCUUCUCUCUCCUCUUCCCUUCGCUCCCUUCUCCCUUCCCAUCCCCCCCUCCUUCAUUCCCUGCAAAGCACAACCUGCACCCCAGGGGCACUGGGCUGAGCCCCUUUGAUCUAGUUGUCGUAGUGUGUUUUGUACGUUGGGAUUGGUCAGUUUGGCGGUGACGUGGGGUUGCCCCUAACCCCCUUUGUACCAAGGUCAUGCAGGCUUGGAGUCCAGAGCCGGCACUGUGAGAAUGGAGGAGCAAGUGCUCGCACAACCCAGCAAGCCCCCUGGCCUUGCGUGUCCCUGAGUGGGGAGGGCUCCUGUCUGCCCUUCACGCUCGGGUGGCUGCUGGGCUGAGAGGGGGCAGGCAGCUCAGCCCAGCUGAAAGAGAUGGGUUCUGCUCUGAAGAGUAGGGUGUCCGUGAGUGCCCUGAGCGGGUGUGCCACCAGCCUGGGUACCGAAGCCGCUGGGGGUGUAUGUGGCUAGGGGCCAGGGUCUGCAGCACGUGAGCCUGACCCGUUGCGCUGAAUGAGACCAAAUCACUGGUUGUGAGCUUACGUGAAGGGUGUGUACCGUGUGUCCUGCGAUGGGUCCCGUGUCACUGUUUACAUGACCUAUUUGUGUGGUUAUAUAGCCCUUUAUUUAAAAGAGAGAAGUUCGUUUUACGAAGUUAUUAAAUUAUAUGUUUAAAAGCUAAAGGAAGAAAAGAGCUGCAAAGUAUUUAUAAAACUGUCUUUUAAAAAAAAAAAGAACAAGCAAGAAGAACAUUUGACCAUAUAAAUGGAAAAGGGAAGAAAGUAUAUUAGAAACUUUGCUAGUU